AUGCUUCGAAUCAAGCAAGAUUCUUCUUUUUCUACACAACAACCAGAACAACAAUAUAUGCCAUUAAAAAAACUGAGUGUUGAAGCCUACAUUAAAUCAUUUGCGGCUGAUGUGACGAUGAAACAAAUUUUUCGUACCGAUGAGAUGAAACCAAUCGAAGCAGAAGCACUACAAGAAUAUAGCGAUGCUCUUCAACAAGGUCUUGGCGCAUAUUUACUUGAACAAGAUGAAAAAUCUCAAAAUAAUUUUAUUAUCAGUGUUGGUGCACUACGAGCUGGUAAAGAAUGUCACAUUAUGAUAUCGUAUGUUUCUGAAUUGGAUCUGGUUCAAAAUGGAAGCCGAAUUCGAUUUGUUGUUCCAACGGCUAUUGCACCUCGAUACAAUCGGGACAAAUGCGAAAUAAGUUCACCAGCUGGUACUACGUCCAAAUACGUUCAAACACCUCCAUACACAAUUGAAUUUAGCUGUCAGAUAGAGAAAAGCAACAUAUCUCGAGUGAGUUCGACAUCCCAUCCAAUUCAGAUUGAUUUUAAUCAAGAGAAUGUCGAUGUCAUCAAAUUCGCACAACAAAAUACCCAUCUAGAUCGAGGUAUCUUACUUCAUAUUGAUUUAGCUAACAACCGUUCGAAUAUGAUUAUUACGAUAGAAUCAGGCGCUGCCAUGACUCCAUUUACACCAACUGAAGAAGAUUGUCAACAUGCAAUGAACAAUGGAGAGACGACAAAUGAAUUUAUGUUUGUUAUCGAUUGUAGUGGAUCAAUGGAAGGUGAAAACAAGAUUGGAUUGGCAUGUGAAGCUGUGUUACUUUUUCUCAAGAGUCUUCCAGUCAAUUGUCAUUUUAAUAUUAUUCGAUUCGGAUCAAAUCAUGAGGCAUUGUUCAAAGACACUACUGCUGUUUACAAUGAACAAAAUGCUAAAAAAGCUGAACAACUCAUCAAUCAGUUGCAAGCUAAUUUAUGUGGGUGUGGGUGUGAGUGGGUGUGGCUGUGG